AUGGCCACGCGGGAGAACGAUAUUCACGAAAUCGUCCAGUGCUCUAUAUGUCUCGACGUCAUGCACAACGUCAUGACGUACAUUUUUCAACACAAUUUAACUCGCCUCAAAAGUUUUUUUCAGUGUUUCGCCUUGCGCUCAUAAGUUUUGCACAGGCUGCAUACUCGAAUGGAAAAAGGAUAACCGAUCUUGUCCGAAGGUUUUAGUACAUAUUUUUUCGUUUUACGUUCAUAAUUCGCAGUGUCGGUGGCCAAUAGUGGACUUGACACGCGAUUCUUCAUUUUGCAACAUCAUCGAGUACUACCUAAAAGAAUUUCCAAGUGAAUUUAAAUUUGUGAUCUUAUCUGAUAAAUUGUUCCAUUCAGAAAGGCGUAGAUCAGAAGAAGACUUAUCGCGUUUGGAUAAGCUGGAAAUCAACUAUCUCAAAAGUAUGCCAUCAAUUCUUAGAGUGAGCUUUUUUUUCGAAAUGGCUAGGGUUUACAUUAAAAUGGGUUGUGCAAUUUGAAUUUUUCUUUUCCAAGGAGAGACCGGAAAUUUGGAGUUCGCUCUUGUCCAACGCUCCUGAUCCGGGCUCUGCGGCUUUUACGAGCUAUCUGGAGGUAAACUUUCGUUCAUUAUAUAUUGCGGAACUUUCAUAAAAAGGAAAUUCGUUUUAUCAUUAAUAUUUCAGAAGACGUGUUUUGAGGUGAGGAAAAAGUUCAGAACUUGCCGUUGAUCGAUUUAUUGUUUUUUGUCUUACUCUAUUUGGGUAGUUCAGAUGCUUUUCGACGUUCUCUCAAGAAACACGACCGCGGGUGCGCCGACAUCGGGUCUGUUGUUGAGAAUGAACAGCAUUCGCCUGAGUGACGUCGUCAACAGAGACUCCCGACCUGCAUCGGCGCCGAACGCCACUGCAGAUCUUGCGAACGUCGUGACAGCUUCUUUGAACAGAGCUGCACCUCCGGCAGUUCCACCCGUUCUAGCGGACUCCUGGACACGACCGACUGCAGUCAACGCCGCUCCGCCCAAUGCUGGUGCGGCUUCUCCCAACGUUCAUGCCGCUCCAGUCAGCAGACCUGCGGCUCCGGCAGCUGUCGCCACAGCUCCGGCCAGUGCUCACGGAGUUGUUCAUUCAUUUGAAGCUCGCGAAAGUUUUUUUUUGCUAAGCUAUUCGAGAGAAAAAGGUUAGAAGUAAAACUAAUAACACUAGAAAGCCAUGAACUUAAAUCACAGGUCAUUUUCCAAUUUAGAUCAGCAUUUUUAUUAAAAUUAUUUCGAAUUUUUCACGCUAUUAUAGUCUGUUCAGAUUUUGAAUGUCACCCAGCUAACUCCGCCCCUGCUGAGACAGUACCUUUUCACGUCGAUGUUUUAUCGCGCGGGACUAAUUUUGAUCUUUUUUGAUCUAAAAGAUAGAAAAAGAAGUCAAAAAUGCAGCAUUAUUAUAGGUUCAUCGUCAUCUGGAUAUAAAACAUUGACGCGAAGGAAAUUGUAGCCUUGGGGGUGGAGUUAGCUGCUUGACAUGCAAAAUCUGAACAGACUAUAGAUAAUCUGCGCUCAAAACUUGCCUCGUAAGUUUGGGAAAAGUUCUAGCCGCUGAAAAAAAAGGGAAAAAAUGAAUUUCAAAAGAGGUUUUCAUGUUCAGAAGUCCGCUGUAAGCUGCGUUCAGAGAUUGAAUCUUGAGAGAAGUUCUUUCAUCUCAUCGUCAAUAUUUAUUGGUUGUUUCAGUCGUAUGGAAUCGACUAGGCGGUGAAAAAUUGCUCUUUUGAGCGGUACUAACACCGCCAAAAGAAGUCGAAACGUGUAGUUGAUUGAAUUGAAAGCAUGGUCUUACGGUCCUUCGCCUCGUUCUUCCACAAGUAUAGGCCAUUUCUCGCCAGCUUGUCACGUUUUUCUUUCGGGUAUAUGAUAAUCGGGCCGCGAAAAUCGAGCCUGCGAAAAUCGAGCCGCCUUUUGUACUGGGCGAGACGAACAGAGAAAAAGAAAUAGUGUACAAAUGGAGGCUCGAUUUUCGCGGCCCGGUUAUCAUGUACCCUUUCUUUCCGCCAAAAGGCCAGGUCAAAUUUGACCAACUUCGCUUCAAGACCUUCGUUUCUUGCCGUUAUAAAAGCAGAAAUUUGAUCUAAUUUGGUAUACGGUGUCUUUUUGGCGGAAAGAAAAACGUGACAAUCUGGCGCGGAAUAGGCUAUAGAAUACUCAGUUUCGCGGGUACGGGCACGGCGGUGAUGGUGGGGCUCGGGCACGGACACCGUGUACACUCUAGGGUAGCCUCGGAUCUAGGGCAGCCUUUCACUGAAAAUUUUUUUUUCCUGGGGUCCAGGCUUGUGCGAGGGCCGGCCCGUCACCCUCCCGGCCAUCCGACCAUUUCGUAAGCCCGGCCUUAGCGGGGCCUCAAGAAAAAAUGGCCCGCCCGGCACCAGUGGUGUCUCAAAAAAUAAAGCAGGAGAACAGUUUGAUUCUAAAAAACAUUCAUCAAUUUUUUUACGAUAUUUUACAGCAGGAACACAUACUCGAAGAACACAGCAAUUAGUAGAAAAAUGCAAUAAAUUGCGAUAUCUGAUUUUUUUGAAAUAAAAAUCUGAUUUUUUUUUUCUUUUAACAUGUCAGUCCAGGUGCAACCGGCAAGGAGUUGAUGUUUGGUGUAUUGAUGAACGCGAGUUGCAAUUACGACCCCUGGGCCUGUUCGACUCGUAUUACCAUGAAUGAGGUUGACAAAUACUGCGGAGCCUACAAAAAGUUUUGAUUUAUUUCAUGACAUCUUAUAUACGAUCUUUCCAGUAUGAUGAAUUCACGCGCGACGUGGCCCAAAAACCGGUUAAAACAAUUGCAAAAAGAAGAGCUCAACAGAACUCGUAAAUUACAAGAUAAGGCGCUUCGUGAGUAUUUUUCAGAAUUUCGCUUUCAAAAAGUAAUGUGAAAGAAACACAGGUUCAAGAAAUGUUCCUUUAGUUUCAAUUAAUCUUUUUUUCUCUUUUUUUUUCUUUUUUUCGAAAGAGAUUUGACAAGGUUUUUUGCAGAAAAGGAGACGAGUUCCAGGUUCCCACGCUCAUUCAACUCCAUUACCGAGAGUAGUGACUGCUCCUUGAUUACCCUAAUAAAUGACUUAUUUCAGUACUCUUCGAUGAUAUUCCUACGUCGAGCGCUGGACGUCCCUUAGGUAAGUAUUUUAGGAGGAUCUUCUUAUGUCGAUUUUAUUCCAGGCGGAAGAGUUGAACAGUUGCCGGUAGAAGUUGCUAGGUCAUCUCCGCCUCCUUUCCUAUUCUCUGUCCCGCGCCAAGAUCUGCGUUCAUCGAGUGUCGGACUGUUUGGCGAAGCAGAGAGACGGCCCAUUCGCUCAAUUCUGCGCCAUGUAUCCGCAGGUAUUAUUUAAAAAGAACUUUUGGUUAAGUAUCAAACUAUAGAUCGAAGCUCUUCGCGACCGCCUGUCCCUCCUCCUCCCACAGUAAACGCGGCAACACAACCGUCUCAAGUUGUCACGGCUCCGACCUCCACGAGUGGCACGAUUCCGCCCUGCUUGCCUACAAUCCGCAACCGCCGGCCACCUCCGAUCGUUGCGAGCGUUCAAACCAGAUCCAGUUUGUUUUUUUUUAUUUGAAAUAUUUUUAUUGAUCUGAUAUAAAAUAAAUUUUAACAUUCUCGGAUUCUUCAGUGGCGCGCAGAGAGCGACAAGCUGAAGAUUUGUCGCGUCAGACGUCCGGUGCCAGUUCCAAUCAAAAUGUUCAGGGUUAGUUUUCCUUUACCUCUCUAAUUUAGAUGAGAUAACAAUCGGGUCAAAAAACUUUUGAAGGUUUAGAACCUAUAGAAAGUAAUUUAAGAAAAUAAUAGUUAUCUAGAUGACGAAAUAAUAACUAUAUUUCCUCAGUGUUUAUUUGAGCCAAGCGGGUCACCACCAGUCUUUCAAAAAAAAGUACGAAAAAUCGUUUUUUUUUUCCUUUGGCACUUCUGAUUUAUCGAUUUUCAGCGACCAAUGGAUCCAGAGAGGCUACUGGCACAGCGGCCCGAGCAGCAGCAGUUCGGCGCUACGCCAAUGUCUAA